AUGAGCAACACAACCCCUCGGCCUCCCGGCAUCCUCAACCCCUCCCGCCGCACUAUCUCUUCUCCCCUCCUCGGCUCCACCAUGACCUACACCCACUACUCCUCCGAGACCUCCGGCGCCUACACACAAUUCACGUCGACCAUCACCCCCGGCUACGCCAAUCCCCCGCACCACCACACCCUCUUCCGCGAAACCUUCACCUGCACCUCCGGCACCCUCAGCAUCACCCUCGACAACGGCCACCCCCGAACCCUGCGACCGGGCGAAACAGCCGUCGUGGAUAUCGGCCACAUCCACUCCCUGGCCAACACCUCGGCCACGGAACCGGCGGAGUUCGUCACGAAACUAGAGCCGGGCAGCGAGGGGUUCGAGAAGGGCAUGUAUAUCGUGCAUGGACUGGCGGAGGAUGGGCACAGUGGGCCGGACGGCGUGCCGAGGGAUUUGGUGACGGUGGCGGUGGUGGCGGGGAUGAUGGAUACGUGGUUGAGUGGGUGGGGGUUUUGGCUCGCGGGGCCGGCGCUGUGGGUGGCGAGGAGGGUGGGGCAGGGGCAGGGGGUGGAGAGGAAGUUGGUGGAAAGGUAUUGGGAGAGUUAG